AACAAGCAAAUACUCCACUUCAUACAGUGGAUGCCUUUUAGUUCACAAUAUUUGAAGUUGAGGAGGAAUUUAGAUUUGACCACAGGAACUGCGACAAAUGGAACAACUCAUCUACCAGCUGAAGGAAGUUUGAAAAAUAAUCUCCAUUCAUGGGAAACGACAAAUAUCAGAAAUUUCCUUGUUCAUGAAAUGGCACUGUUUUUUAUUAUUUCAGACAGUUUACACAGACAAAAGAAAGAUAUGUUUUAAUGGUAAAGAACAGCAUUAUAAAAUUCCCAGAUCCCUAUAAAACCAUCCUAGAUGAGGAAUUCUUAAAACAAUGUGGUUGCUGAGGCUGGGAAGUCAGCGGCGGUACCUGAAACUCAUCGUUGGACUAGCAUCUCUGUGGAUGCUUUACCUAGCCACUCAUCUGGACACAGGCACGGUCUCUGGACUAAUCCACAGUUACAGCUGGCUGGAGUAUACAAAUGAUGAUGGAGGCCCAGAGAAAGCGUGUGACUGUUUAGGAAUCAUACAAGGAAAGCAGGAAUCUCUGGAGCAGGCCAAACUAUUGACCUUAACCAAAAAGUUUCGCAAGAGUGCUCUGAUCCCAAAUGAGUUUUAUAUCAAUGAAACCCGGGACUGCAGGAGAUUCAAGUCAAGGAGGAAAUACAUAACUUUUCCUUUAAGCAAAGAAGAAGAAGACUUUCCUUUGGCUUAUUCGAUGGUUGUUCAUCACAAGGUGCAGAACUUUGAACGUCUACUGCGGGCCAUCUAUGCACCUCAGAAUAUUUAUUGUGUCCACGUGGACAAAAAAUCUGCCCCGUCUGUAACAUCUGCCAUCCAGGCCAUCACUUCCUGUUUCCCCAACGUCUUCAUGGUCAGCGAGGCGGUCAGUGUUGUGUACGCUGGCUGGUCUCGUGUCCAAGCUGAUCUGAACUGUAUGGCUGACCUUUACUAUGGCAGUGCCAAAUGGAAAUACUUCAUCAACCUCUGUGGCCAGGACUUCCCUCUGAAAACCAACUUGGAGAUGGUUCGAAUGCUGCAGUCACUGAAGGGCAGCAACAGCUUGGAGUCAGAGAGCCUGCCUGCAGAAAAACAAAAGAGGAUAUCAUAUGUUUAUAAUGUUAUUAAUGGGCAAAUCAAGAGAACUAGAAUUUCAAAGAAACCACCUCCCUUCAACCUGCCCAUCAAGUCAGGAAGUGCCUACAUCGUGGUUACUCGAGGUUAUGUCCGCAGCGUGCUGGAAGACUCCAGAAUUGAGGAGCUUAUCAAGUGGUUUAAAGAUACCUACAGUCCUGAUGAGCACUUCUGGGCAACCAUUCAACGCAUCUCUGGUGUUCCUGGCUCAAGUUGGCCCAACCGUAAGUACGACCAGACGGAUAUCAGCGCAGUGGCCCGGCUGGUGAAGUGGCAGUCACAUGAGGGGUCACAGGAUUCAGAGUCAGCGGUGUACCCUGAGUGCCAAGGCAACCAUGUCAGGUCAAUAUGUGUGUACGGCGCUGGAGACCUGCAGUGGCUUCUAGAGCAUCACCAUUUUUUUGCUAACAAGUUUGACAUAGAAAUGGAUCCCAUUGCUGUCUUCUGCUUGGAGAAACAUCUCAGACAUAAAGCUCUGGCUGAGGCAGAGUAGUUGGAGACCUUUCUAUACAGCAGAGGUGCUGAAACAUCUGAUGCGUAGCUCAGUCCUGAAAUGGCUAAUCGUUCAUAACUGUUGUGUGUGUAAAAACGGUAAAGAAAGUUAUGAUUGACACGAUUAACCAGCUGAUUAACCAGCUAUUUGCACAGGUUGGCUUCUCCAAUGUGAAAUAAAGAAGCAGCAUGUACAGUCUGAGUUUAUAUUUUCAAUUGUUCACAAAGCUAUCAGCUAAACUUGACUGCUAACAUUCUGAACUUUGACUGACCUUGAAAUGUGAGAAUCAUGUACCCUGACUUCUUGCUCUGAUAUCCUUGUGAGUCAGUGGUAUUUUUUUCUGGCUUCCAUAAGUAUGUCACACAAUUGUUCCACCUAAUGGAAGUUACUCCCCUGUGUCCAAACCACUUAAUGUUUUCCCAAUGAGAACUGUCCUCCAUUGCAAGAGUGGUCUCUGUUUAGUGUUGAUCAGAUUUUCCAGGAUGGCCUCAGUGUUGAUUCGUGAACUGCUGACUUAAGAUCCUGUAAGGAAACCUUUUAUUUGCUGUGAUCUAACACCUCUAACUUUAGUGAUAUGGAGCAGAAUGCAAUAAUACCAUCUAAAAGAAAACUACAUGGAAUUAUGUCAUUGACAUUUUUGAUGCAACAUGUAAACUUGACAAUAAUAAAGGGUAAAAUG